CGUGUGGAGCCACCCCGCAACCCCGUCACGGAUACCUGCAGAGCUUACUCCAAUCUAGAUGAGGAGCUUUUGAACCUCUAAUUUUAUGGAGCUUACGUACAGAUUCAGCACCCUUUGCAGAGUUCAAUGGCGAAGAGUGCUAUACCCAUAUGUACGCUACGUGCGGUUUGAAAGCAAAGUUUCCGUCCGGCUGGAUCGCUUUCUGUAGUUUAAUUCUGGAGAGUUUGGAUAGGGAUAUAAUAUUCUUUGGCAGUGUAUUCGGCGAUGCUUCGUGGUGGACAUGCUGUUUGUUGGCAUUGCACGGGCAUGGCCGGCUCAUGUGGGCGAGGUGCGUCGCGCCUUCCUCCGGGGGUUGCGCCUUCCUCCCCCGAUCUCAAGCCUAUGCAAGUCGCGUCUCGCGCUCUGAACGUCUUCUUCUUCACCUUCAAACCGCGUCUGAAGCGUACUGCGACUCCACGCCCGACGCCACCAUCCGAAGACUGCCCUGCUGCCCGUCUGCACCGACCGCUUCUCGUCACCAUGCCGCUGCCGACUCUGCACGCCGUGGGCUCGUUCCUCUCCGUCGUCCUUGGGAGGUAUUUCGCCCCCUUCCUCCCGCUGCUGCACCUCUUCGGUUCGGCUUUUGUCAUUUCGUAUACGUGGGGCUGGUCCACGUACGUCAAGCCAUGCAUCCGUGGGGAUGCGCAAGAUGCGUUUGUGGCCCCGCCGGCCUGUCAAGACUACGGCUGGGGCAUGGCCCUCAUCAUCCUCCCGUCGAUCCUGUCCCUCCUAUGGGCAUACCCGUGGUUCUGGGUCCUCUUCGUCGGCAAUUGGCGCGCAUCCCGCUGGCAGGUCCUCUCGGAGGAAGCAAUCCGUCGGGUCGCGCAGGUCAACCAGGACAACCUGCUCCGGAGGAAGUGGUGCACGCAUUGCGAGCUCCACCGUCCCGACCGUUGUUACCAUGACGAUAUAUGGGAUCGCUGCCUGCCGGUCUAUGACCACCCUUGUUCAUUCUUCCCGGCUCCGAUCUUUGCGGGGACGCAGAAGCCGUAUUUGUUUGCCCUGGCUUUCCUCCCGGUCCACAUGGCGUUCACGAUCGCCGUGACCCUCAAGAUGCUCUCUGUCCCUUCGGCGAGAAGCCCCCUCAUGUACGCAUAUACUGGCUUCAUGGGUCUGGCGGUGCUGCUUUUGCCAAUGGCGGUGUACUUCGCGUACGGCUUUUGGCGCGACAUCGCGUUCCGGAACGUACGAACCAUUCCGAAGAACCACGAAACAAGCUGCUGCAUCCGGAUCACCAGUCGCGAUGGCGGCCGCUCCGAGGUCUUGACGUACAGGGAUGGAAACGGCCGUGCUUGGGACCAGGGCUGGCGAAAGAACAUGUACUCGGCCCUAGGCCCUGUAUGGCAAUGGCCCUUGUUUUGGAUCGACCCGCCAGCACUUCGUGUGCAUGAGGAAGGUGGGGGAUGGGCCCCUUACGUGGAAGAGCGGCUUCGUGCCCUCGAACCACCCCCGUUCACCACCACUCUUGCGACCCGCCAAGACCACGCGAGUGGAUUCGAGGACCCCCGCCUCGACGUCAUCAUGGAGGAGGCCGAGGACAUCGAGCUCGGAACGCUUCGCAGACGCGUGGCGACCUCAUCGGAGGAGUAGGAUCCUCUCACCAUCUCUCUCUCUCGCUCUCUCGCUCUCUCGACUCUUGCUCUCUUGCUCUUGCUCUCUCUCUUUCCGAGCUCUUCAUUUUUGUUUCUGGCGUUGUCGGACAACUUCGCUAUCAUCAUUCCCCCGGUGCCUCAUGGAUGUAAGGCAUCGCUAAGAAAAAGUCCCAUGAUUCAGCAAGGCGUAGUGCAUCCGAGGCCUUGAUCAUGGGCGAGUUAGGGAGUCAUACUAAGCAGGGGGGACCGCAAACAUCUGUGGCCUGCAUGACGAACUCUCCGGAGACCCUAACUUACCCCAACACAGCUUGCGCCUCUACGUGGCGUUGGGGAGACAAUUCCCAGGACUCAGUCAAUCGGUCCUGGUCGAAGCCAAGCAAGCUACCAUCAAGUCAACAACC